UGAACUUAUCCAGCUCCUGGAAGGCGCGCGCAGAGGCUCCAAUUAGGGGCAGGUGAGAGGGUGGCUUUCUCUCCGAUCGGCGAGUGGGACUCUGAGUUUCGAAUCGGUGGCGGCCAACUCUCCGUCCUCCCGGCGUCGGGGCUGCUGGAAGGAUGCGAAGCUUGAGCGCGGCGUGGCUGCUGGGGGGCGCCAUCCUGCUGGCGGCCUCUGCCUCCUGCAAUCGCACUGUCCUAGGAAACAGUAGACCCUCUAAAGGAAGAAGUCUCAUUGGUAAGGCUGAUAGCCCACCUCACAUCACAGGGAAAGGAGUGACAGUGUUACCCGGCUUCUCCGUGGAUGAGUUUUCUACCUCCGUCCUCACUGGCAAACUGACCACUGUCUUUCUCCCCAUUGUCUACACGAUCGUAUUUGUGGUCGGUUUGCCGAGUAAUGGCAUGGCCCUGUGGGUCUUUCUUUUCCGAACAAAGAAGAAGCACCCCGCUGUGAUUUACAUGGCCAAUCUGGCCUUGGCAGACCUCCUCUCUAUUAUCUGGUUCCCUCUGAAGAUCGCCUACCACAUACAUGGCAACAACUGGAUUUAUGGGGAAUCUCUUUGCAAGGUCCUCAUUGGCUUUUUCUAUGGCAACAUGUACUGUUCCAUCCUCUUCAUGACCUGCCUCAGCGUACAGAGGUACUGGGUCAUCGUGAACCCCAUGGUGCACCCCAGGAAGAAGGCAAACAUUGCCAUUGGUGUCUCUCUGGGAAUAUGGCUCCUGAUCCUGCUGGUGACCAUCCCCUUGUACGUGGUGAAGCAGACCAUCAACAUCCCCGCCCUUAACAUCACCACCUGUCAUGAUGUUCUGCCUGAGGAGGUGUUGGUGGGGGACAUGUUCAAUUACUUCCUCUCUUUGGCCAUUGGAGUCUUUCUGUUCCCCGCCUUCCUCACAGCCUCUGCUUACGUGCUGAUGAUCAGGACACUCCGGUCUUCCACCAUGGACGAAAACUCGGGAAAGAAGAGGCAGAGGGCUAUCAAGCUCAUCAUCACUGUCCUGGCCAUGUACCUCAUCUGCUUCACUCCCAGCAACCUUCUGCUCGUGGUGCACUACUUCCUGAUUAAAAACUGGGGCCAGAGCCACGUCUACGCCCUGUACAUCGUUGCCCUCUGCCUCUCCACCCUCAACAGCUGCAUUGACCCUUUUGUCUAUUACUUCGUUUCACAAGACUUCAGGGAUCAUGCAAAGAAUGCCCUUCUUUGCAGGAGUGUCCGUACCGUAAAGCGGAUGCAAGUAUCCCUCACAUCAAAGAAAUUCUCUAGGAAAUCCAGCUCUUACUCUUCAAGUUCAACAAGCGUUAAAACCUCCUAUUGAGUUUUCCAGGUCUUCCAACGGAAGUUGUGCUGGAGGAUUUGGAGCCUGCUCAACGUUACAGGGAUGUUAAUGGUGUUCUAUAACCAGAGGUCUCACCACAUACCAUGUAUUUGCAGCGCCUCUCAGGAUUGCUGGGAGCUUCCCUGUUUGCAUAAGGAAAGUGCCCCAAAUUAACAGAGAAGUCAGUUUCAGAAUUCCUCUGCUCAGGUGCUCCCAGAAAUGAAACUGACAGAAGCAGACUUUUCAGAAGGAAAAGACAGAAACUCAGUGAUUUGCAAAACCUAGUCUUGGCAUGAAGACUAAGUUCUUAGCUGAAACUACAUUUCUUUUACAUGUGGGGUCAGUCACAGCCUUGUUAGGGCUUAAGGGCCCUCAGAGAUGAUCAGUCCAAUUGACUGGCUUUAUAAUGAGGAUACUAGAGAGCUGAGGGAGAGGUCCAGAAUCAGGUGUCCAACCACUGGUAGCCAGUUAGGACUGGACAGUAGAAUUUGAAUGGUCUCUGGGGUUCUUGUACCACCUCAUCAAAAUCAUUGUGGAUCUUGUUUAAAAAUGCAGAUUCAUCAGACUCAGGAAUGUGAGCUCGGAGUCUGGGAACAGGGUCCAGGAACCUGCAUUUUAAUGAGCCUUGUGCACACCAAAGUUUGGGAACCACUGGUCUAAGUAGUGCUCUUCCACUUGAUAAGGGGCCAUGGUAUUUUUUGAAAAGAAAAGCAAGCAGAAUGCUGUGUGUCUCUUUUAUGUUUAGCUUAUAAUGAAGCUUGUCUUACUGGGACUUUCUAUUAUUUCUUUAUCAGCCCUUUUGUAUGCAUUAUUAUCACUUCAAGGAAAAUACAAUGAGGAUUUUAAACAUGGAACAAUUAAUUUCAUAUAAUUUUUUACUGACUUCAGUGAAAUCUUCAGGCUGUCUGAGUAAUUGACUCUUUCGCAACUAAGAAGAGCGUUUACCACUCAGUAUUUUAAAAAAUUAUUGUUGGACUGUUUAUUGUCAGCUUUAUUGACUUGCUAUCAAAUAUGAAAUUACAAAGCCAUGACUGGGUUUGAACCACAUCUGCUUUGGAAAGGAACACUAAAAUAGAGGUGAUUUGCAAUGUAUUUGAAGAGGUACUUGACUCCAGGUUGACUUUAUACAACUGUUGCAUUUGUGACCUUUUAAAAUAAUUAUUUUAUUGUAUGACUGAUUUAUAAAUAACAUGUCGCCUUUUUAUGACUCA